AUGAAGUCAUCAGUGAGAUGGUUGCUUCAAUGAAGCCUAAGUUUAAUAAAUACUGGGAUGAGUAUUGUGAGAUUCUAGCCAUUGCAGCGGUUCUUGAUCCGAGGUUGAAGUUUGGAUUUCUAGAGUACUGCUUCACAACUCUGGAUGCAACAACAAGUAAGAUGAAGCUAGAUCAUAUUAGGAAGAAGUUGAAGAAGCUGUUUGAUGUUUACAAAAAGAACAAAAAGAAAACUGUGCCUGUUACUUCAGGAUCAAAGCCUGCAGCAAAGACCACUUUAGGAGGAUAUGAUGGGUACUAUGCUUUCAUCUCACAAAAUGAUGGCGGUAAUGGGAAGUCAGCCUUGGAUAAGUAUCUAGAAGAACCGGUUUUAGACAUUAUGGCCUUUGAGAGCUUGAAUGUUCUCUCCUAUUGGAGAGACAAUGCUAAUCGAUUUAAGGAGCUGGCAUCAAUGGCGUGUGAUGUCUUGAGUAUACCUAUCACCACGGUUGCUUCAGAAUCAUCUUUCAGCAUUGGAAGCCGCGUGUUAAACAAGUACAGAAGCAGCCUUCUCCCUUCGAAUGUUCGAGCCUUGAUAUGCGCAAGGAAUUGGCUAAGAGGAUUUGAAUCUUUAGACAGUGAUGAAGUGGAUUCUGAACCCUUGAAGGAAGUUGGAGAAGAAGUUAAUGAAGCAGGUCAAAUGUGAAGCAGGAAACAGUUUGCUAGCGUCUUGGAGGAAGAUGGAGGAGAAGAUACGUUAUGAAAUUUGAAUUUAUGUGAUCUUUUGAAAUUUGAACUUAUGUUAUGAGUUAUGUUUUAAACUUAUGAAAUUAUGGUAAAACUUAUGAAACUAUUGUAAAACUUAUGCUAUUUAUGUGGUCUUUUGAACUUAUAUAUUAUUGUACUUGUGGAUU